UACUGUAUUCUCGUUUGGCCCUCUUCCAGAGCGCUGGUAGUAAUGAGGUCGUAUAGGCGGCGGAGGGAUCUACGGGGCGACAAAGAGUGAGGGGGAUGCGACAGAGAGAAAGAGCACGGAGCAGCCUGGAGAGAAGGGGGGAGCGCCGCUGACAUCGAGUUUGAAGAGGGAAAGCGCGACGGUGUCGCCCUGUUCGGCUCGUUUCUCAACUAAAUCGCCGAGGAACAAAAAAAAAAAGAAAAAAAGAUAUAAACAAAAAAAACAGAACCGCGUCAACACAGGCCAGCAGGAACCAUGGAGAGGAAAAGCAGAAACGAGGAAGAGGAGGAUGAACAGAAGCGAGGAGGGGGGGAGGCGGGUCGUAUAUAUAAUUUAUGCCCGACCGGGAAGAAGUUUCGGAGCAAGCCGCAGCUGGCCCGUUACCUUGGCAACUCAAUGGACCUGAGCUCCAUAGACUUCCGCACGGGGAAGAUGCUGAUGAACAAACUCACCAAGACCCGACAGAGGCUGCGCUACGACAACAACAGCCAGAGCAAGGGCAAGCCUGACCUGAACACCUCGCUGCCAGUCCGACAAACGGCAUCCAUCUUCAAACAGCCUGUCACCAAGGUAACCAACCACCCCAGCAACAAGGUGAAAAGCGACCCCCAGAAAGCCAUCGACCAGCCCAGACAGCUGUUCUGGGAGAAGAAGCUGAGCGGCCUGAACGCCUUCGACAUCGCGGAGGAGCUGGUGAAGACCAUGGACCUGCCCAAGGGCCUGCAGAGUUCUGACGCAGGCCGUUUGCCCCCAGGGGUCGGUCCCGGGUGCACGGACAAGACGCUCCUGUCUGCCAUCGCCAGCGCCCUCCACACCAGCGCCGCGCCCAUCACCGGCCAGCUGUCCGUCGCCGUGGAGAAGAACCCGGGGGUGUGGCUCAACACCACCCAGCCCCUCUGCAAGGCCUUCAUGGUCACCGACGACGACAUAAGGAAGCAGGAGGAGCUGGUGCACAGCGUGAGGAAGCGGCUGGAGGAUGCUCUCAUGGCGGACAUGCUGGCGCACGUGGAGGAGGCCGCCAGGGAGGGGGCGGGGCACGAGGACGGCGACGGCCCCGAUGAUGAGGACCACACGGAGGCGGUAUAGCAAAGGCCUAGGGGGUGCUGUUGAGCUGCCUGAAAUUCAGAACAUCCCGCGGAACCAAACCGGGGUCACCUCUCUGUCUCCGCCCUCAAAACGCCACCUCACUGACUCUCUCCCCCGAGUCCCCACCUCCCUGGAACCAUGGCAACCUCCGCCUCACUCCACCAUGAAGGACUCUUGCUACAAUCCUCAAACGGAUUGAUUCCUGGCAAAUAGUUUGUUCUUGUUUUUUUGUUGGUUUUUUUUUUUUUCUCCACAUUUUCAUUUUCAUUACACUGUCGUGUGAGAUUUUCAGUAGAUGUGUGAAGGUAUCUCUUUUUUUAAAUUGUAUAAUGGAAAUUCGGUUGGGAUGUGUAUGUGUGUGUGUGUGUGUUUGCGUGUCUCUUGUCUGGGGAAAGUCUGGUGGGCAAGUAGUCACAUGACCUCGUGAUCACGUCCAGUGACAACCUUCCUGUAGUCCCAUCCACCAGUACACAUGUUCCAGUAUCAGUCUUUAACAAGCUCAACAAGGUAAAUUUCAGAGUGUACAUUUAAUAAGGCAAUGACGUAAAAAACUUGUGAGCCAUUUGAGUGGGGCCUGUGUUCAGAAUAGUUCCACUCCCACCGAUGUUCGCCCCCUUCCGCACGCAGUCCUCUUGUCCCUGCUCUAGCUGUGCACUGACAGUGGAGAGCCACUAGGGGGCAGCAGUACUGGCUGAGUUUUGCGGCACGCCGGCAAGCUGCAGGGGCCAGCUGGAAAGGAAGUUGAAUUGAACGUUUGUGAAGCAACAUCCUGUGUCGGUUACUUUUUUUUUUCCCAGUUUCUUGCUUCUUUUGACUAAAUAAAUGUGGGGGUACUAAAAAAAAAAACUAGAUGGAUUCAGUGAAGGAUACAGGUCAGUAAUGCCGGUUGGGCAGUGUUUUCAAUGAGUUACAGCGAAUGGGCAUUUACAAAAAAAUAUUUCAUUACAUCCUGGGUGUGGGAGGAAUGCAAUGUUGAUGUUAUGUUAUCACUAACACAUGACUGGGUUAUGGGUUCCAUGAGUCAGGGCUGGCUGCUUUCAAGGUGGCUUGUGACAUCACAAUGGGGUAGUGUCGCUAACUACCAGCAAAACAAGGUGCUUAAGACCCUACUGGAACCUGCAGUGAGGACUGUUAGCAGACAUUGGUUUCAUUUAACACUAGUCCUGUUUUUACCUUGCAUGCGUUUUCUCUGUUGAAUAGAUUUUUUAAAGAUAUUUGUUAAACGGUUUCGUUUGGUGCUGCGCCUCCCCCCAACGCCCGCCCCUCGUUUGCUUUGUGUUCUGGAAAUCAAAAUCUGCUUUUAUAUUUCAGCUUUUAUAUUUUUUACAUCUUUGAUUAGCGGUGUGGAAUGUUUAAGUGGGGCCAUUUGUUUCUUUAAAAUCUUUGAUUUUCAUUAUAUUUUGUAAAAAUUAGAAAAUGUAAUCAUUUUUUGUGUGUCAAAUCUUCUGUACACAGUUUGGGGUUUUAAUUCCAGUUUAAGAAAUGAAGCGAGUUUCAGCUUCAGUUAACAUACAGCCUGAAGUGAAGUUGGAUUGAGAUUCACAUCAGCAAACAUUUACUGCCGAGAUUUUGUUUGGAAAAAGUAACAAUUAAAAAAAUGUUAACUAACUUGG